UUGUUCAAAAUAUCAAAGCCAUCUCUCUCUCUCUCUCUCUCUCUCUCUCUCUCUCUCCUGCAAUUCAAACAUAUCCAGUUCUACUGUCACAGCUCCUGCACGAAUUUCUUUCUCUCUCUCUCUCUCUCUCUCUCUCUCUCUCCUGCAAUUCAAACAUAUCUAGUUCUAUUAUCACAGCUCCUGCACGAAUUUUUCUUAGCAGAAAUGGGUACCGGGCUGCUAGUUUUCUUCCUGGCCUUCUCCCUCAACACGCGUCUCUCUUUUGGAGAUGACACCAUCUCUGCAAACAAAUCGCUGUCCGGGGAUCGGACAAUUGUUUCUGCAGGUGGGUAUUUCGAAUUGGGUUUCUACGCACCAGGUAACGCUUCCAAGUAUUACAUAUGCAUGUGGUACAAGAAAGUGUCCAAUAAAACUGUAGCUUGGGUAGCUAAUAGAGAAUCAGCCGUCUCAGAUCACCGUUCCUCACAACUCAAAAUCAUAGAUGGCAACUUGGUGCUUCUCAACGAGCGGAAUCUCCAAGUUUGGUCCACCAAUCAGAGCUCUACAACUUCCAAUUCUGUUGUAGCAGUUCUUGGGGAUAAUGGUAAUUUGGUUUUGAGAGAAGGGUCCAAAUCCAAUUCCACAGAACCAAUUUGGCAAAGUUUUGAUCACCCAGCCGAUACUUGGUUCCCUGGUGCCAAGAUCUCAUAUAAUUGGGUUACUAAAACCCAUCAACGCCUUACUUCAUGGAAGAAUUCUGAAGAUCCUGCUCCAGGGCUAUUCUCUCUUAGUCUAGAUGCAAAUAAAAGUGAGUAUCUUAUAAUGCGAAAUGGGACUCAAGUCUUCUGGAAUAGUGGUCCAUGGAAUGGGGAGAUUUUCAGCUCAGUUCCUGAAAUGAGGAAGACUUAUAAUUAUAAUUUUAGCUUUACCAACAACACAAAUGAGAGUUAUUUCACAUAUUCUGUCUAUAAUCCUUCAAUAAUUUCUAGAUUUAUCAUGGAUAUAUCCGGGCAAGUGAAGCAAGUCACAUGGAUGGAGAACAGCAAGGAGUGGAUUUUGUUUUGGACUCAGCCGAAACAACAAUGUGAAGUUUAUGAUUUUUGUGGGGCAUUUGGCACCUGCAAUGAUAACGCACAAGAAGCUUGUAGUUGUUUGAAAGGUUUCAUACCUAGGUCGGACAGUGACUGGAAAUUGAAUGAUCAUUCUGGUGGGUGUGUGAGGAAUUCCCAAUUACAUUGCGGGACUUCUGGUGCUGCUAAUAAAGAAAGAGAUAGGUUUUUGGAGUAUCCCAACAUGAACUUGCCCGAAAAUCCACAAACUGUGGCUGUUGGCAGUGAGGCAGAAUGCGAAUCUUCUUGCUUGGGUAACUGUUCUUGCACAGCUUAUGCUUAUGAUAGUAAUAAUUGUUCGAUUUGGAGUGGCGACCUUGUGAAUGUGAAACAACUCUCAGGAAAUGGAAAUGGAGAAUCUCUUUAUAUUAAACUCGCAGCCUCUGAGUUUUCGAGUUCUAAAAAUAACAAGGGUAUUAUUAUUGGAGCUGUUGCUGGUUCCAUUGUAGUGAUAGCCCUCCUGGGUGUUGUUUCUGUGGUUUUCUGGCGGCGGCAAAGGAGGUCAGUUGGAUCGACAAAAGCUGUAGAGGGUUCAUUGAUUGCAUUCGGAUACAGAGAUUUGCAGCAUGCAACCAAGAAUUUCUCUGAGAAAUUGGGGGGAGGAGGCUUUGGCUCUGUUUUUAAAGGGACAUUACCUGAUUCAACUGUUGUAGCUGUGAAGAAGCUUGAGAGCAUCAUCCAAGGCGAGAAGCAAUUCCGAACAGAAGUUAGCACAAUUGGAACUAUCCAACAUGUCAAUCUUGUUCGGCUUCGUGGGUUCUGCUCUGAAGGCAACAGGAAGUUGUUGGUGUAUGAUUAUAUGCAGAAUGGCUCCUUGGAUUCCCAUCUUUUCCAUGAAAAAGAUGAGAAUGUUUUGGACUGGAAAACAAGGUACCAAAUUGCACUGGGGACAGCUCGAGGGUUGGCUUAUCUCCAUGAGAAAUGCAGGGACUGUAUCAUACACUGUGACAUAAAGCCGGAAAACAUCCUUUUAGAUGCUGAAUUCUGUUCAAAAGUUGCUGAUUUUGGACUUGCAAAGCUCAUGGGGCGAGAAUUCAGCAGGGUUUUGACAACCAUGAGGGGAACAAGAGGCUAUCUUGCACCAGAGUGGAUAUCUGGAGUACCCAUAACUUCCAAAGCUGAUGUUUUCAGCUAUGGUAUGAUGCUUUUUGAGGUUGUAUCGGGAAGAAGAAAUUCUGAGCACACCGAAGAAGGGAAGCAGAAAUUCUUCCCAACCUGGGCUGCAAAUGUUGUCAUAGAAGGAGGCGAUGUCCUUGACCUACUAGACCCCAGACUGGACAAGAAUGCAGACGCGGGAGAGCUAAGGCGAAUCUGUAGAGUUGCUUGUUGGUGCAUCCAAGACGAUGAGAACCAUAGACCGACAAUGGGUCAGGUAGUGCAGAUCCUGGAAGGGAUUCUGGAUGUGAACCCACCUCCGGUUCCACGAUCCCUCCAAGUCUUCGUUGACAGCCAGGAGCACAUAGUUUUCUUCACAGAGUCAUCCUCUGGCCAGAGCUCUGAACCUCGGAGCAACACUUCCACUGCCUCCUCUCAGGCAAAGAGCACUGCACCCUCGACAGAUGCCAAGCCCUGAAGGCCAAAAGGGAGAGAGGACUGUACUUCUAAACUCUUUUUGGUUAAUCAAUCGUUAAGUUGGUUGUAUACAUAAUAUGCAUGUUCUUCCUUUUUUGUGCUUUUCAUGUACGAUGCCUCAAUGAUGUAAUUGUUUUUUCCUUGUCCAAGUAAGCAUCAUUUUACUUUCACAAGCAACAUAAGACCUCAAAGGAUUUUGGAAGCUA